AUGUCGGAGUCACAUCGCAUCGAAAUUCCGAUUGAGGGAGGCGAUUUCGACUAUGAUGAAGACAAUAUUCAAGAACUCGAUCAUUUCGACAUUGGUGAGGAGGAGGACCCGGAGGAGGUCACCGCCGGCGAGGCCGGAGUGUGGCAGGACCCCAUAGAAACCGUUCCCUUGUCCCGUCAAAAACGAAAAAGGGCAUCCAAGAAGGUGGGAAGGAAGCGGAAGGGAGAAAUCUUCCACAUUCCGAAGCGACAACCGCCACGUGCAUCCAGGGCUAAAUCCUAUCAACAAUACGACACUUUCGAUGAGAUUCUAGAGGAUUCUGAACAGAAUACUACUGUAGAAGGCGUGGAAGACGUGGAAGAUGGCGUCGUGGUGGAGGAUGACGAAGAGGAUUCCGAUCCAGAAGUCAUCGAUGAAAAUGGAGAACCAUCGACAUCAAAAACCUGGAGAGUCUUCGUUCGAAAAGAUGGUACCGGAAUGCACUUUGACUGGCCAAUCUAUAUGGAUACUGCGGUUUCACUGAAAGAAGUGGUGCAAUUCUUCUCCAACGACACCGCUCAACAACAUUUCCAAAAGUCGGAGAUGUGCGAUUCGAUUCCGCAGGAAUUCACGAAUACGGGGACCUUUAUCAUCCAUUUCGAAGAGGAUGCAUUGAUGGGGAAGGAGGAGAUCUGUGAUGAUGGACUAGGCACGUGGAAUUCCGCUCAAAUGUUUGUGAGGAAGUAUAUAAUUGGAGGGAGGAAUGGGGCGGAUAGACCGUUGGCCACACAGAAGAACGAUCAUAAUUUGAAGAUCGUGUGUGAGCAAUUCAUCCAUCCGGGAACCGAUACUCGUGGUGAUUUCAUUCGACGCAUCUAUACAGGAUUCGACAAAGACGAGCACAUGAUUCCGUAUGUGAUCAUUUGCUAUGAAUGGAUGGGACAACCCCAUCCACUGACCGUUUAUGAGGACCAGAACGACAAACAGCAGCAGCAGUUUGAGCAGCAUCAGACGUGGAAGAAAUGCUCGAAUCCCGACGAACAAGUGCCCAUCUUGGCACGCCACGCCUACGACUACAACUCGGCCAUCGCCAUACUGUUAUCGUCGCAAAAGUGUCAAAAGUCUUUUUGGACCAUUUUCAGCCAAUUUUGGACCAUUUUAAGCCAGUUUUGGACCAUUUUAAGCCAGUUUUGGACCAUUUUAAGCCAGUUUUGGACCAUUUUCAAGCCAAAUUUGGACCAUUUUUUAAUUUCAGGUCUUUUUGGACCAUUUUCAGCCAAAUUUGGGCCAUUUUCAGCUGAUUUUAGACUAUUUGAAGACGAUUUUGGACCAUUUUAA